CAAGUCAGGGUUUUUUUUGGACCAGGCAAUGGGUGUUGGCCUGACCUGUGCUGCUUUUCAUUUUGUUUCAGCUGAACACUGAGUGGGUGAGGGGAUAGGGCAGCCACGGUGGGGUCCUUGGAAAAGGCAGUUGGAAAGCAGAGAGAGUUUUGAUUCCUCAACUCAGCAGCCCUGGCGGAGUGGACGAGGUGGAGCUGGCCUUCCUGGAAUUGUCGGGUCGACUUUCCUGUUGUGUUUCACUGUGGACGCUCUCACAGACGAAUAGGACUGCUCCCUCACUGCCUGCCACCCACCAUCUGGUUUCAGGGGCCUCUGUUUCGUGGGUCCCCACCGUCUGCCUACGGCGAUGUUUCUUCAGAAAGAACUAGGGUGCAGUCCAUUGAUAGCUGAUCAGCUUCCUUGGAUUUUGCUGAUGACACAGGAGAGCUUCGCCUGAAGAUGGAAACACUGGAGUCGGAACUGACCUGCCCUAUUUGUCUGGAGCUCUUCGAGGACCCUCUCCUGCUGCCCUGCGCACACAGCCUCUGCUUCAACUGCGCCCACCGCAUCCUGGUGUCACACUGUGCCACCAACGAGUCCGUGGAGUCCAUCACCGCCUUCCAGUGCCCCACCUGCCGGCAUGUCAUCACCCUCAGCCAGCAAGGUCUAGACGGGCUCAAGCGCAACGUCACCCUGCAGAACAUCAUCGACAGGUUCCAGAAGGCGUCGGUGAGUGGGCCCAAUUCCCCCAGCGAGACCCGCCGGGAGCGGGCAUUUGACGCCAACGCCAUGACCUCUGCCGAGAAAGUUCUCUGCCAGUUCUGUGACCAGGACCCUGCCCAGGACGCUGUGAAGACCUGUGUCACUUGCGAAGUGUCCUACUGUGAUGAGUGCCUGAAAGCCACUCACCCAAACAAGAAGCCCUUUACAGGCCAUCGUCUGAUUGAGCCCAUUCCAGACUCGCACAUCCGGGGGCUGAUGUGUCUGGAGCACGAGGAUGAGAAGGUGAAUAUGUACUGUGUGGCCGAUGACCAGUUAAUCUGUGCCUUGUGUAAACUGGUUGGGCGGCACCGUGAUCAUCAGGUGGCGGCUUUGAGUGAGCGCUAUGACAAGUUGAAGCAAAACUUGGAGAGUAACCUCACCAACCUCAUUAAGAGGAACACGGAACUGGAGACCCUGCUGGCUAAACUCAUCCAAACCUGUCAGCAUGUUGAGGUUAAUGCAUCACGUCAAGAAGCCAAACUGAUGGAGGAGUGUGACCUUCUCAUUGAGAUCAUUCAGCAAAGACGACAGAUUAUUGGAACCAAGAUCAAAGAAGGAAAGGUGGUGAGGCUUCGGAAACUGGCUCAGCAGAUUGCAAACUGCAAACAGUGCAUUGAGCGGUCGGCGUCCCUCAUCUCGCAGGCGGAACACUCUCUGAAGGAGAACGACCACGCCCGCUUCCUACAGACCGCCAAGAACAUCACCGAGAGAGUCUCCAUGGCAACUGCCUCAUCCCAGGUUCUGAUUCCUGAAAUCAACCUCAACGACACAUUUGAUACCUUUGCCUUAGAUUUUUCCCGAGAGAAGAAAUUGCUAGAAUGUUUGGAUUACCUUACAGCCCCCAACCCUCCAACAAUUAGAGAAGAGCUCUGCACGGCUUCGUACGACACCAUCACCGUCCACUGGACCUCCGACGAUGAGUUCAGCGUGGUCUCCUAUGAGCUCCAGUACACCAUAUUCACUGGACAAGCCAACGUCGUGAGUCUGUGCAACUCAGCGGAUAGUUGGAUGAUUGUCCCCAACAUCAAGCAGAAUCACUACACGGUGCAUGGUCUGCAGAGUGGCACCAAGUACAUCUUCAUUGUCAAGGCCAUCAACCAGGCUGGCAGCCGCAGCAGCGAGCCUGGGAAGUUGAAGACAAACAGCCAACCAUUUAAACUGGACCCCAAAUCGGCGCAUCGCAAACUGAAGGUGUCCCACGAUAACUUGACAGUAGAACGUGAUGAGUCGUCAUCCAAAAAGAGUCACACUCCUGAACGCUUCACCAGCCAAGGGAGCUAUGGCGUGGCUGGAAACGUGUUCAUUGAUAGUGGCCGGCAUUACUGGGAAGUGGUCAUAAGUGGAAGUACAUGGUAUGCCAUCGGCCUCGCCUACAAAUCAGCCCCGAAGCACGAAUGGAUCGGGAAGAACGCGGCAUCGUGGGUGCUGUGCCGCUGUAAUAAUAACUGGGUGGCGAGACACAACAGCAAGGAGGUCCCCAUCGAGCCCGCCCCCCACCUGCGGCGUGUCGGCAUCCUGCUGGACUACGACAACGGCUCCGUGGCUUUCUACGAUGCCUUGAGCUCCAGCCACCUCUACACCUUCGACAUCGCCUUUGUGCAGCCUGUGUGUCCUACCUUCAGUGUGUGGAACAAAUGUUUGACGAUCAUUACUGGCCUUCCCAUCCCAGACCAUUUGGAUGGCUUGGAGCAGCUGCCAUGAGUGAGCCCGUGGCCACAUGGAGCUGCUUUCCCGGGAGGGGACCGAUUGGUGGCCGCCCUUUCGGGGACUGAGAAAGCACAGGCUUCCAGAACGUGACUGAGACUCACCCCCGAGUGCCCAGAAAUUGGCUCAGAUAGGGCCAAGAAUGGGAGGUUCCUCUCCUUUUUACUGUGUUUUGUAUUAAGUACAGGCUUUAAUAAUUUCUUUGAAUUUUUUUUUUUGUAUUUACAGGAAAAUUUAGAGAUUAUUUAUAAGAGAACCAUAAUCGGGAUUACAACUCUUAGGAAUUAUGUGGAUUUGCACACAUUAAGGGGCCCAUUUACUCAAGUUUACCAGCUCUUUACAACCUUGAUUUCAUCAUAGUCUAUGUGCUUGAGGAAAAAAAAAAAUCUUGCGUAGUUUUGUACAUCUGUUCACCUUCUCACACCAUAAAAUUUCAUUCUUAUUCUAUGCUAGAUCCUAUCAAUCACCUCAAGUGUGCAUAGCAGAAUGUGCAGCUAUUCAAAAAAGAAAAAUAUUCUCAAGCCAAGUAGGGAAGUAAACAGGCUUUCUUACGCUAGCUGAUUUCAAAAUGUUUUAACUCUUAGGUCAAAACCUUUUAUUGGCUCAACCAGAAUGCAGAGCACAAGAGAGUGGAUGGAAAGAGGGGACCUCUGAUGGCUGGUGGGAUAGUGUUGAAAAGAAAGGGUCCGAGACCUUUGGCCGUGUUUUGGCCCGCUUUGCCCAGGGUUAAGGAUCCUGGAGGCACUCAGAGAACGAGGUCAUGGUUGGAAACAGUCACUUUGGAAUCCUGCCAAUAAUGCAGAGAUUCAGGCUGCUUGGUAUUUUAUCAGAAACAUGACACUGUUUCCUUAUACAAAAUCUAUUUCAUUCUUCUUUUUAAUACCUUUCAUUAGGCCUGUAAAAUUUCAUCACUACAUUUAUGAGUUGUCCUAUCAACUCCCCCCAGCCCCACCCAUCCCAAAUAAUUUUUCUUUUGUCUGUGGAGCUAAGGAAAUAAACAUGUUCUGUCACCAAUGGCAAUACCACUUUGGGUUGCAUUUUGCUCUCCCAUUUGUCAGCACGUGGUACUGAUCAUCACUACCACAUCCAAAUACAAGUCACCCGACAAACACUUAAUAUUUCUAAGUUGGUAAUGACAAGGGACAUAAGGUAAUGUACUAUUCACUAGUACAGAAAUGCCUCAAAAAUCAUUAUAGACAGAUCUUAUUAAACAUGUCUUGAAAAAUGUAGAAGUCCCUCAGUAUUCUAGUAUAGUUUGCCAUAGAGUUAUAAGAAAAAAAAAAAAACCACAAAAAAAAACAAAAACAAACAAAAAAACCAACACACAAAAAAAACAAACUUGCUAUUCUCAUGCAGGAACCUGCUAAUAAUGUGUCAGAUGGGAUUCUUUGCAUGCUGAUCUGACACCUUGGAAAGGUCCAUGAAUUAAGGCUUAUUUGAGUGGCAUGGGUUCUACCCUGAAGGAGGGCAUGGCCUCUCUAAAUUAUUGUGAUGACUAAAAUAUUUAUCUGAGCUACUGGGUCAGCCAUUUUGACUGAACAGACUGGUGGAUUUAAGCAUUGUCUCUACUGAUUUUGAUUUUAACCAAAUCAACCAGUCGUUUCCCCAAAAUAAGCCAAUAGACCCAGAGUUGCGGCAUCACUUGGCCAAAGCUUAUGUGAUGACAAAUCUGCCAGCUGACCGUGUCUUUCUGUCAUCUUCGCUGGCAGAUGCUCUCCUUUUUCUUAACAAAUAGAUUCUAUAUAUUUACACCCAGAUGGAUAUUUUGAUAGCUACUUAAGGCAGUUUUCACAUUUAAAAGAAGGACACCUCAAUGAAAAAAUAAUCAUUCUCUGGAAACUUAAUGGGAUUUUUUUUUACACUAUAAAAACAAUAUGUAUUUGCCUUCCUUAAUAAACUGAAAUGAUUGUCUCAGUAAUUUUUACAUACUUUUUUGGGUAGCUUGAUAACACAUAUUUUAAUGCACUUUGUACACUAACAAACAGGUUCUAAAUAAAAGGGUCUAAAACUCAGCUUCUGAGUUUUUUAAAUUAUGGGCUCCAGGUACCAAUAAAUGUUACAGUUUGCCUUAAGAUGUUAAUGUAAAGCAUUUACAAGGACAAUAUAUCCAUGAAUAUGAUGUUUUUCAAUAUAAAGAAGUUACUACUACAAUUUUCACCGCAAGCCAUUUUGGGUAUGUUUUGGCUAUUUUUAUAAUGAUGAGAGAUUAUGUUAUAAUUUUGUUGUGGGAAUCACACUCUUUGCUAACUUAAAAACAUUGUGGAUUGUAGCAGUUACUAUUUCCAGGUUGUCAUAAUUCCAAGAAAAUUUGUAAAUGGGGAAAGGCCGCAGUGUUUAAUGACUGUAGUGAUAUAGGGACGAUUUCCUUGUGGAUUGUUUUUUUUGAAAGUCUCAAAAAUAUAUUCGGUAAACCUU